GAACCGAGCAAGAUGGCGGCGCGCAUGGGAGGACGCGUCUGACUUCGGCGUACGCGGACCCCGGAGCGAAGGUUCCAAGCGCUCUGAAAUUGACGCCAAGGUUCCCCUCCCCGCCUUGAGUGGUUGACGGGUAUUCACGGCAAGGCUCACAGCUUUGCAAAAGCAACCUCGUUUUCACCAGGGUGUCGCACAGAAGACAGCAAAGAUACGGGGCCGUGGAUGCGCUUCCUUCUCGUGCCAGUGGCAAGGAGGGACGAGUGAGUGACGUAGACUCGCGAUGACGUGGUACGACCUCUCCUCCUUCGUCGACCACCGGGAGCAUCUCCUGGAGGAAGCCUUUGGUGCGCUCGCUCCCGACGAGCUGAAUAUUCUUACUCCGGUGGAAUUGCAGCACAUACCGCUGGAAGAGCUCAAGCAACUUUGCAUGGUGCAACUACAACGAAUGUCCCGCGCUCGACUCCUGGCGGUUCUCCAAGAUCCGCUCGUGAAGUUGUGGACAUCGAACUCAAAGGACGGCGCCGGCCUGCAGCCGUCGAGCGAUCGCAGUCUUCAAGGCAUCCUGUCUCAGAGAGCGCAGAAAAACAGCAGCAUCGAACAGGAGUACCGCGACAUCUCGAGCAUGUGCACUGCGGCCCAGAUGGAGAUCCUUGAGCUGGAGCUCAGAGCACGCGCCAUCCGCUCACUCAUGUCGGCCAAGGCACGGGACACGGCCGCCAAGUCCACAGCGGCGCCCCCUUCCGACUGCGGCAGCGGCUACGGACCACAGUGACUGCGAAUAUGGGGGCCAGGGCCACGAAGCUCUUCAUCUGGGAAAUCUUGUCUAUCAUUGACCAGCGAUUCAACAACUUGGGGUUCUUUAACGUGCACCUAAAUCUAAGUUUACAAGCUCUGGUUCUUUUAGCACAAUGUAUGCUUAGCUGACUUACGCGGGUUUAGAUAUCCGGGAUCUGGGUAUCUUGCAAUAAAUUCCAGAACAAAAACCGCAAUUGCGCUUCUAGAGCACAGUAGAAAGUCUUAAGCGGUACGGAAAAUCUCGGAGUCAACGAUAUAAGAAGCGAGAAUCAGUUUCAGACUGAGUAAAAUUAACUCCGUGGGCGUAAUUAGAGCCAAUGAGUAAAAGAUUACCCGGGAAGUAGUAUACCCCUGUAAAGGGUGCACCGCCGUAGUUACAGACAUGCUGAGGCAAAGCCGCCGUACGGCAUACCUUGGGGAAAUGGAGCGCGGCUGCUUGGACUAAGCAGGCCGCGUGCUGUGCAAUGGUGGCUGGAAGGCGCCUUGGCGGUGCCCGCAGGAAACGAUAAUGAGCCACUGAGUAGUUAAUGUUUACAAUACAAGCGUAAUACCCGCUGAUAUACUAAAACAAUUCACGCCGAAGCUUCCCUGGGAGUUGUCUAGGUGUGCAUAAGCGUUGUGCCACUUGCACAUCUCCGCGCAGCCCGGUGUCGUCAUCAAUAAUAUGAAACUUGAUCCGACCAGCAUAAACGACAGCGCUGCUGCGACACGUACUGCUGCGGACGGCGGUGCAAGAUGACUUGAGUACGCAAGCAAACUAUUGCAGGUGGCUGCGCGAGGAGUGCUUAUGACGUUACGACCUUUAUAAGCCGUUAUCGCUCUUUAGCGCCUUAUCCAUCCGCGUGGAACCAUCAUGAACCGUAAUCAACUGUACUCCGGCGUCGGCAGCGUAUGGCGCGGCCGCGCGGGCCAUAUCUUGAAAGCGAUUUGCGAUGGGGACAGACAGCGCUGACUGCUGAUAGCUUCGUGUGCGUUGUGUACUCGCCGUUUAGUUCGCGUUGAGGCGAUACGCGCAGGCCCUUAUCUUGAAGGCGACCUGCGAAUAGGGCAGAGUGCGGCGUGCUGAGAGCUUCGUGAGCGCUGGGUUCUCGCCGCUCCGUUUGUGUGGAAGCGAGCGUCACCGCGAAGGUGAAUACUGUCGUUGCUACGGGCUCUAGCUUGAAAAGCGAUCGUGUUACGUGACGGACGGACGGUUUUUCUCGUUGAGUAAGUUGUGGAAAUGCUUCCGCAUUGAAUUACCACAUUGCGCUUUAUCCCUGUAAAGGGUGCACCGCCGUAAAUAUAGUUGUAUUGAGGCGAAGCCGCUUACGGCGUGCUCUUGUCAAAUGCAGUGAAUCCGCUUGGACUAGGCAAAGCUAUUACGAGACGGUGGUGCCUCAAAGGAGGCUUCGGAAGUGUCCACAAGAAGGAAGAAUUAGUCGUUGCGUGGGUUAAAUUACUGGUAUACGCGUACUCAACGCUAAUAUACUCGUAAAUUAACCAGAUGGCCCUCUGGGCUGCGCUAUUUCUGGGAUCGGCCAAACUGACCUCCUUAAAAAAAAAAGGGGGGGGGGGGGGAGGCUCAGUUGAGCGUCGACGCUAAAGAAGACGAGUUCGAAGUAAUUGCGAAUCAAGUACGACAGGAAUAAAAUAUGAAAUGAGUAAAUACCGACCAUGCUAAAGAGACCGAAGAGAUAGACUAGAGAUAUAAUCAACAUUUAAUGAUGCAAUCAUUUCAACCACCAUAUACGUCGACCUUCUCUUUUUUACCGUCAACACAUUGUUGAACCUUUAUUUGUUAUAAUUAUCAUAUAUAUUAUUCCGCUCCAUCCCAAUGGUGCCGCCGCAGCAGCCGGGAUUGAACCCGCGACCUAGUGAACCACUUUAUUUGUAGACCUAUAGGCGGAUAAGCUCACGGUACCGUUAUCAAAAUUUUAGGAAUUAAUGCAAGAACUAUGGCUUCUGUAAGAAUGUUUACGGCAAACGUAUGGAAGGCGGUUCGAUUAUUAGGUAGCACAAACUAUUGAGAAGAGACUAAGGAAGGCUUGACCGAACGUAUUAGUUCGUAUAUCUUACAGUUGUGACUGGGGAAUUCGAAGGCUUAGAAACUUGACAUCAAUGUACAAAUCGGUUCUUGAAUCAUGCGACGUUCGGCCACUUUUGUUAGUGUCACAACUAAAGGACCUGCGAAACGACAAGUUGUCUGUGUAGCUUCCUAGGGCAUUGUACGGAAAGUCUUGUGCACGCGUGAUCAAGUUCUUUUGAGCGGCCGCGUGCAGACGACAGACAAAAAAAAAGUAAGCGAUAUUGUCAGACGCGCCACGUAAUUCAUACCGUAAGAUUUGUAGUAACCGUUGCUCACACCUCUCAAUGCAGCUGUCGCAGCAAUGCUCACGCAUCUCGGGACCUCAGUACGCUGUGACUCAGUUUGCUAUGACGUUCUGCUGCUUUCCACGACGUCGAUGGUUGGAUUCGUGUUGCGUUUAGAGUAGACUCUUGCUGUACGUAGAACAGCUGUAGCUUGAUAUUAGCGAACGUCAAAGCCUUUCCCUUAUUCCAUAAGUGCGCGUUUGCGUCGCGAGCUCCAUCGAUAUGAAUCGGCACCAACUCGUCCAAACUUUAACGCUCGACUGCCAAGCAGUCAAAGUUCCUGCGAAGCUGCCCACUGCAGCGUCAAUCAUAAACCACUGUCUUCUGGGACGUAACACUGGGUUAGAUUUACAACCAAUGAAUCCUCAAACAUCGCUAAUGCGUUUACCUGCUAUGAGCGUGGUUAGAUACGCCCAGCGCGAUCAGCGCAGCGGCCUAUCUUCGCUACCCGGAUGACUCGCUCGCCAGCCGCGGUGGACCGACGGCUUUGGCGUUCCGCUGCUGAGGAAGAAGUCGAGGGCUAGAUUAAUAAAUUUGGUGGCCGAAUUUUCUUCAAUUUCGCCCCGUGACUCCUGGGCGAAACACAAAAAGAACCUUCGUGUACUUUGACUUAGGUGCACGCUAAAUAACCGCAGGUGGUCAAAAUUAGCCCCGAACCCGACAAUGCAGCGUCCUUCGUAGCUCUAGUGCUUCUUUCUGUCACGUGAACCUCCUUGCAUCAAUAAAUCGUGAGUGGCUCA